AGAUUCUCUUUGUUCUUAAACAAAGAUAAAGAAAAACCUGUACCCAAACACUGCCUUCUCUCUCGACGAAUACGAUUUGAUCGUGUAAUUGAAGGAGCAUUCCGGACAGUUCUGCCAGAACCGGGUUAAAAAAAGAAGCCACUAAACAGAGCCAGCAAGAAGAUUAAAUAGAGAAAAAAAUCCCAGAAAUUGGAAAAUUCUUGAGAAAAUUGAACAAAGUGUAGUUGCGAUGGAAAAAUCAGGAGGAGGAGCAGCACCGUCGUCGUCGAUAGAAAGUUCUGGAGAGCUCCAAUGUGUAGGCAAAAUGGAAAUCGUAAAACCGAAGCCCGUCGGUUUUCUCUGUGGUUCGAUCCCUGUUCCCACCGAUAAUUCCUUCCAUGCUUUCAACUCCGCUCUCGUCCCAUCUUCCCGCCCAACAUUAAGUGCGCCGAGGUAUCGGAUGCUCCCGAUGGAGACCGACUUAAACAUGCCGCCGCUCGUUACUAAUUUCCCCGAAAAAGUGCUUCCCAUAGGGGCUGUACAGAAGGCUACUGGAGAUAUAAUAUGGGAGGAUGGUGCUAUUGCAUCUAAUCUUAGUAGGAAAUGCGAGGCACUAGCUGUGUCUGGUUUAGUGGAGUAUGGGGAUGAGAUUGAUGUGAUCGCUCCAACUGAUAUUCUAAAGCAAAUAUUCAAAAUACCAUAUUCUAAGGCUCGAUUAUCGAUUGCUGUACACCGUGUUGGACAGACUCUAAUUCUGAAUACAGGGCCUGAUGUUGAAGAAGGAGAGAAAUUGGUUAGAAGACAUGGCAAUCAAGCAAAAUGUCAAGAUCAAUCUUUGUUUCUGAAUUUUGCUAUGCAUUCAGUUAGAAUGGAAGCCUGUGAUUGUCCACCAUCUCAUCAAGCACCAUUGGAGAGGCAAUCAGAUUCUUCUGCUCUUCCUGGGGGGGAGACGCCAAACUUUGUGGAAGAGAAUGAUAAUAUUUCUCGAAAAGAUGGAAUCAAGCACCAUUCAGAGUACUCACAGGUUAAACAGGAUGGGUUCUUUUGGGGAAGUAAGAAGGGUCACAGAAACAAGAGCCGUGAUCCUAUCAAGAAGGCUGCACAUGUUGGUGAAAAGCCUAGAUGCUCUGUGCAAGAGUCUGAAAAACAUAGAAGAGUUGGGAAUAAUGGGUUCUUGAGAGUGUUAUAUUGGCAAUUUCACAAUUUCCGAAUGCUUCUUGGCAGUGACUUGCUUCUGUUCAGUAAUGAAAAGUAUGCUGCUGUGAGCUUGCACUUGUGGGAUGUUACACGACAGGUCACACCAUUAACCUGGCUUGAAGCUUGGCUUGACAAUGUCAUGGCUAGUGUCCCUGAGUUGGCCAUUUGUUAUCACCAAAAUGGUGUUGUCCAGGGGUACGAGCUUCUAAAGACAGAUGAUAUAUUUUUGUUAAAAGGCAUUGCUGAAGAUGGUACUCCUGCUUUUCAUCCCCAUGUUGUUCAGCAAAAUGGACUUUCUGUUUUGAGGUUUCUUCAAGAGAACUGCAAGCAAGAUCCUGGUGCUUACUGGCUAUAUAAAAGUGCUGGUGAAGAUGUAAUUCAACUUUUCGAUCUUUCUGUCGUUUCCAAGAACCGUUCUUCUGGUGAUUGUGAUGAUAGCUCUAGCUCUCUGCCUUCUCUAGUACAUAGAGGGAGAAGUGAUUCUUUAUUUUCACUCGGAACGCUCCUGUACCGCAUUGCUCACAGGCUUUCACUGUCAAUGGCAACUAAUAACAGGGCCAAGUGUGCAAAUUUUUUCAAAAAAUGCUUGGAGUUCCUGGAUGAGCCAGAUCAUCUGGUUGUACGUGCAUUUGCCCAUGAACAAUUUGCCAGGCUUAUUCUGAAUUAUGAUGAAGAAUUAGAUCUAAAAUCUGAAUAUCUUCCAAUUGAGUGUGAAGUUACGGCUCCUGAUGCUGGUGAGGAAUCUGUGGACCAUGACUUCUCUCUCAUUGCCAAUUACAAACUAAAAGAGGAUGAAACAGAUUUUCAAGAUCUAGCAUCUGAUGUUUCUGCCAUGAUGACUUUGGAGGCUAAUAUUUCUGCCCCUAACAAAUUGAUAGCAUCUAAUACAGAAUUUGGAAGUGAAGAAAUUACCUUGCCAAGUGUUCAUGGUGAUGAAAACUACAUGGUACUCAACAUGGCUUCUACAUCUGAUGAUGUUGUUCGACCUAUUACUGAUCCAAUCUCCUCUAAGCUAGCAGCAGUGCAUCAUGUGUCUCAAGCUAUAAAAUCUCUCAGAUGGAUGCGCCAGCUACAAACCUCUCAACCAGAGCUGGACAACCGGGAUAUUGGUAUUAACGGUCAGCUACCUUCAUCUAUGAAUUUUUCUGUUUGUGCUUGUGGUGAUGCUGAUUGCAUUGAAGUUUGUGAUAUUCGAGAAUGGCUUCCAACAUCCAAACUGGACCACAAGUUGUGGAAACUUGUUCUUCUCCUUGGGGAAUCAUAUUUGGCACUUGGACAAGCCUACAAGGAGGAUGGUCAAUUGCAUCAUGCUCUGAAGAUAGUGGAAUUAGCUUGCUCUGUUUAUGGAUCUAUGCCUCGGCAACUUGAAGAUACUAGAUUUAUUUCCUCUAUAGUUAAAUGCUCACCAGCCAGUACAAAGUUCAGUGACAGAGAUGAAAAGAAAAGUUCAUUUAUCAGCGACAUAAAAGAAGUUAAAUCCAACUCUGCUGAUAACUGUUAUGUUCUUGAGGAAUUCUCAUCAACAUAUCUGUUCUGGGCAAAUGCAUGGACACUAGUUGGAGAUGUGUAUGUUGAAUUCCAUGUAAUUAAGGGUAAAGAGAUCUCUGCACAAUCACAGAAUAAACCUUCUAUCAGAGAGUUGAAAAUGUCAUCUGAAGUUGUGAAGGAACUGCAAAGGCUUACAAAAAAGCUGGGCCAGUAUAAUCAGAAAUGUAGUUCGUGUUCCUUGGUGAAUUGUAGCUGCCAAAGUGAUAGGGCCAGCAGUGGUAAUAGUGCAAGCAGCAGUUGUGGAGAUACACAUGCAGUAAGUUACAGCAGAAAACAUGGCAAGAGAUUGCGUGGUAAGAAUGUUCCUAACUCACUCUCAAGGGACAAUGACGAUAAUAAUGGUCGUCAAAAAGUAAAGAAUAGACAAGUUCCUGAUAGUGGACUAUUCCAGCACAUUGGAGAUGGUGACAACAAAGUAAGAGCUUCUAAUUCUUGUACAGAUGAACCUGGAGUAAAUGCAGUGGAAACUACUAAUUCUGAAAAGGUGGAGGCUUCGUUUGGAAUUAAUGACAAAAAGCCCGAAGGGACCAUUGAAAACGAAAUUGCUUCAAAGGAAGCUCACAAAUUGAAAGAUGGCGGCAUAUUCAAGUACCUUAGGAAUAGGAAUACUGUAGUAGUAGAUGCAGAACACAAUCUCUCCUCUGCCUUGAGCUGUUAUGAAGAAGCAAUAAAGGCUUUGGGUGAACUACCUUCUGGUUUAGCAGAUCUGCAGUCUUUAUUUAAAAAGAAAGGAUGGGUUUGUAAUGAACUAGGUCGAAACAGGCUUGCGCUGAAAGAGUUAAACAAAGCUGAACUUGCAUUUGCAGAUGCAAUAGAUGCAUUCAAAGAAGCUUCAGACUACACCAAUGUAGUAUAUAUAUACUGUAAUUUGGGUCAUGGCAGACGUGCAUUAGCUGAAGAGAUGGUGGCAAAGAUGGAAGGUCUGAAAAUGCAUGAAGUUUUCCAUAUUGCAUACAAACAGGCUUUGGAAACUGCAAAACUGGAGUACAGUGAAGCACUCAGAUAUUACGGGGCAGCAAAGUCUGAAAUGAAUGCUAUAGCGGAAGAGGCAUUCUCUGACUCUGAGUCAAACUUGAAGAAUGAAGUCUAUACUCAGUUUGCUCAUACAUAUCUGAGGCUUGGCAUGCUUUUAGCGAGAGAAGAUAUAACUGCUGAGGUUUAUGAAAAUGGAGCUCUUGAAGAGUUAUCUAUGCCAUGUCUUGGAAGAGCCAGGAAAGAUCUCAGAAAGUAUGAAGUAACUGCCAAUGAGGCCAUUAGAGAGGCAUUGUCAAUGUAUGAAUUACUGGGUGGAUUACGCAAGCAGGAGGCUGCUUACGCUUAUUUUCAGCUUGCUUGUUACCAAAGAGAUUGCUGCUUGAAAUUUUUGGCACCGGAUCAUAAGAAAAGUGGCUUGCUUAAGGGUGAGAGUGGCAUUCACCAGAGGGUGAAGCAAUAUGCUUCAUUGGCUGAGAGGAACUGGCAGAAGGCAAUAGACUUUUAUGGUCCUCAGACACAUCCUACCAUGUACUUUACUAUUCUUAUUGAGAGAUCAGCUCUUUCAUUAAGCCUCUCAAGAUCAUUGCAUCUAAAGUUGAUGCUGGAUGCAUUGUCCCGCCUACUUGAAGCACGCUAUGUAUCGGAAGCAUUCGCGGAUAUAUUUAGUACAGAAUACCCAGAAUUGCACGCGAAGUAUUGGAGUCAGUUGCAGACGGUUUUGAAGAAAAUGCUGGCUGUGAAUCUCUCUGUAAAUUCAAAUAAAUCUUCAACAGAGACUGUGUCAGCUACAACAUCUAACAGGUCCGGAGAUGCUGGAAAGCUCAGGGAGCUUUACAAAAUGUCUUUGAAGUCAACUGACAUUCGCCAAUUACAUGCAAUGUUCAGCGUGUGGUCAUCAUUAUCUCUAAUCAAGAACAAAAACAUGAACCCUGUCGAUGUUUCAUCUUAAAUUUUUGUUGCAUCUUAUAGUUUCAGACAGUUAAUAGUGGCCAGAUGGCUUAUAAGAUCGGUGUUCUUGGAUUACAAUAGACGAGGAGAUGCAAAAUGUUCUACUUGGUUUACUGCUUCUGCACCUUGUUGUUUUGUUAUGUUUGUGAACAAGGAUGAAGAUGCAUAUUCAUGACUGCUCUAUAUGUAUAUUCUCGUGUAUUUUUGUUUUUUUGUAUUCACUGGUUUGGUUCAACUA